UUGCCAACCGCCAUUAAACUCCAGUAGAAGAAGAAGAAGAAGAAGUAGAAAAACAGAACUUUAAAAAAAACAAAAUGCAGAGGGGAACAUAAUGGAGAAAGUUGAUGUGCUGACUCGCAUCCUGAAGGCAGAGGACACCGCAACGAUUCUCGGUGGACAAUCUCCUGCCAGCGUCAUUAACAGCGGGAAGUACGUACCUGUCACCGCUAAAACUCAGAAGGACAACCUGCGCUGCCUAGAUGAUGCCAUCCGAACCGCUCUGUGUGGUGAGAUCCGAACUGUUGUAGUGGUUGGUCCAGAAGGAUCGGGUAAAAGCACUGCUCUGCACAAGCUUGUUGCGGACUGGGCUAAAGGAGAAUGCCUUCAAAACUUCUCAUAUGUUUUCAAUUUCCAGUUCAAAGAAAUGGGUUCUUCUGCAGGUGAACUCUGUUUGGAAACCUUAAUCCAACAAGGUCACCAUCAAAUCCCCCCCGAGUCAAUGUGCCUGGUUGCAGAGAAGCCUGAAGGUGUGUUGUUUGUAUUUGAUGGUCUGGAUGAGUACAAGCACAGCCUGGACCCCUCAGUCCACACCCUGACCUCUGACCUGAACCAGCCGGCCUCUGUGUCCUGUUUAUUGGCCAGUCUGCUUGACGGAGCCCUGCUGAAAGGAGCUGCCUUUCUAGUUGUAACCAGGCCCACAGAUAACGUGAAGUUUCUCAAAGGGACUCAGCUAGAGAUGCUGGGCUUUCAGAAGCAGCAAAGACAGGUCUACUUUAACAACUUCUUUACUGACCACGCUGCAGCCAACAAAGCAUUUCUGCACAUGGAAAGAACUCUGGGAUUUUAUGAUUUCUGUGCAGCUCCUAAGUUCUGUUGGACAGUCUGCUCUAUUUACAAGUGGCUCAUUGAUUCAGAUACCAAACUUCCUGAGACUCUAUCUCAGCUGUUUGUACAUAUUCUGGUCCUCCUGAUUCAGACUCUCUCACUGAGCAAAGCCUGCAGUAGAGGGUUGGUGUUGGCUCUUGGCAGAAUGGCCUCUCACUGCCUCCACAACCAGCAUUCAAGCUGUUCUAAACACGCCAUUGAUUCCUUUGGUUUUCAACAAAACCUUACCGCUGUGGACAGUUUCUUGACAGUACAAGGUGAAGAGGAGUUCUCCUUCCACUCCCAACUGAUACAGGAGUUUGUCUUGGCUGUAGCUUUCUUUUUGGACGUGUCGACAUAUGAUGACGUGGAGAAGAUGCUGGAUAAUCACAAAGGUGGAGCAAAGUUACUAGAUUUCUUUAUGUCAGGGCUCUCAGAGCCAGCCCAGUACAGAUUGUUGGAGGACUUACUGGGAAUGUUCAGCUCUGAUCAAAUCAAAGGUUUUAAAAGCUGGUUUAAAAGCAGCUCAGAGAAAACACUGAGAGAGUACAACAAAUCUGAGCACUACAGAUGUUUCCAUUUGCUGCAUCAAUCCCAAAAUGAGAGUUUGGUAAAGGAGAUCCUCACCCCUCCCGCACACCCGCGCGUCUUACAUGAAAACCUGAGGCUCCAGGACUGUGUCGCUCUGAAUUACGUCAUCACAUGUCUGGGUAAAAGGGAAACGUUGAGUGUGUCCAGAACAAGUGUGUUACGAGAGACAAUGGAGGUCCUGGCUCCAUCUGUGAGUCUGUUGCACACUGUGAUCUUGUCAAACUGCUCCAUUUAUAAAGAAUCGGUUCCUCUGCUGGCUUCAGCUGUCAGCCUGGGAGUCACCAGGGAGCUGGAUCUCUCUCAUUCCAACCUCGGAGAUGAAAAGUUACAAAUUCUCUGCACAGGACUAGGCAAGACCGAGCUGCACAGACUAAAUCUCAGUGUCUGUGAACUGACUGCGGCCUGCUGUGGCGACCUGGCUUCUGUGCUGACCUCGGAAACCUCCCAACUCCGGAUUUUACAAAUGAUGUUUAAUCAGAUCGGCGAUCAGGGCUUCACAAAACUGUGUGAAGCAAUGCAUAGUCCAAACUGCAAACUAGAGGAGCUCGAGAUUCCAAACUGUGACUUGACGGCAGCAUCCAUGGAGGCUUUUGCUGCAUCUUUGUAUUCUGGUGAGUCAAAGCUGAGAAGAAUUGACUUUAAGGACAACAUGAUUGGUGACAGUGGGGUGCAAGCUUUAUGCAAAGCCCUGCGACAGCCACUUUGUAAACUGCAGAGCCUCGGAUUGUUUGGUAGCGGUUUAACAGGUGCAUGCUGCUCCGACUUGAAGGAGGUCUUCAUGUCUGAACACUGCUCUCUGACAGAGCUUGAUCUGUCAUUGAAUGAUUUGGGACAGGAGGGGGCGCUGCUGCUUUGCCAAGGCCUAAAAAGACCCAGCUGCCCCAUAGAAAUCCUUCGCUUGACACGAUGUGAGUUAACCCCAGCAGUUUUCAAUGACCUGGGAUCAGUACUGAAAAAUGGGACAUGUCAAAUCAAGUCUCUGCAUUUGGACAUCAACAGCGUGGGAGACAAAGGGGUUAAAUAUCUCUGGGAUGUUGUUGCACAUCCAAGCUGCUUGUUGGAGGAACUAAACGUGGAAAUGACUGAACUGACGGAUGCUUGUGUUGAAGACCUGUGUGCUGCUCUUAGAGACAAUAAUACCCUGAAACGUCUGGAGCUGAGAAACAACUGUCUUACUGAUGCUGCCGUACCUGCGAUUGUCCAAGUUAUGAAGGAAAAAGUCAGCAUGGAGGAGUUGAACCUGAAGUAUAACGACUUCAGUGAAGAUGUUUUUGAAAUGUUUGAGAAAUGUCAUAACAUAAGAUACUGAGUAGGUACAGUCAUUGAGUCCCUCGAUACGAAAACAGAAGACAUCUGUAAUGAAGCUGUUUCUGCCCAGUCUCUUCCUUCUAGUUGAAUCAUGAGCACUGACCAUAUCUGAGACAUAUCCUGCAGUCCUUUAGAUGUGGCUCUGGGUUCUUUCGUCUUCUCCUGGAUGAGUCAUCAGUGCACUUUUUUGAGUAAUUUUUGGUGGAUUGAUCACUACUGAGAAGGUUCACCAUUGUUCCAUGUUUUCUCCAUUUGUGGUUAAUAGCUCUGGCUGUUGUUAUCCGGAGUCCCAGAUAGAUAGAUAUCAGUGUCUGUUUUUGAAUGUCUAGACCCGACCAUGAUUUGUUGCUUUGAGAUCGUUUAGCCUACUUCAUGUUGUCAGACAGGUUUUAUUUAACUGAUUUGCUGACUGUGCAGGGCUAGCAGGAAUCAGGCCUGGGUGUGGCUAAUGAAACUGAGCUAAGCUUACCAAAAAAAAAAAAAAAGUUUAAUUACAGUUAAUUUAUGAUUUAACAAGGUGGGUGAUUACUUUUCACAUUGAGGCAGGUUGGUUUGGAGAGCGUUUUUAUUUAAUAAAUAAAAUCAUUUUUAAAUUGC